AUGGAGCCGCCAGCUGUGACUGUCGACCAGACUGAACCCCGUGUACCGGACAAAACUCCGGAUAUAGUUGACACCAACCGCGUUAUCCCUCCAAAAGCAAAAGAGACUCCACCUUGCACCAACGCAACCAGAGAUAUGGAGGGUGCGACACACGCUACCCUUCCAGAUACCAAAAACGUUCCAGAGAAGAUAGCUCUUACUGCCAAAAUCGAUCAGUCAGUCGACGAAAAUGCCGCCCCUCCUUCAUCGUCCAAGAAUGCGAAAAGGACAGGUCGGCCCGAGAACACCCAAGAAGACGGGCGUCCUACAGUGAAGAAGGCCUCAGGACGCAAACGGCCAGCUGCGCCAAACGACAGUGACUACGAGCCUGCCACGCCAGUGGCAUCUGCGAAGAAAGCCAGAGUGACUGUUACACCAGCGAAAAAAGCGCGCAAUCCAGCGGCUCAGACUCCAACCACGAAGCCUAAGCAAACGAAGAAAGAAAAGGAAGAAGUCGAGGAGCUUGCCUACAGGAAAGAGGCCAUCUUGGCCGGUUUGUUCGAAGAAAACGAGAGACAAUUGCUCGCGGAAGGCAAAAAACUAUGGGAUGCAAAAUCAUCUAUCGUGAAGCCGAAAAGAAAGGCGAGGGCUCGAUCAGAUUCAUGGUCUGACGAUGAAGAUCCCUGUGCGAACAACAUGCCAGAUAUCUCCUGGCUUAUGUCCCACCCCAAGUCGCAAUGGUGA